AUGAAUGGAACUCGACCAGUUGCGAAGUAUUCAAAGGACAAUAACAACACAGCACAGUUGGCUAAUGAGUUCAACAACUUUUACAUGGCAAUUUCGUCACCCAAAAUUAGCCAAAUUGGAAACUACAGAAUUACAAAAGAAAUUGGUGAAGGUGCAUUUGGAAAAGUGUAUCUUGCGACCCACAUACUACUAAAUGUUAAUGUAGUAUUGAAAUGUGGACUAAUUGAUGAUCCUAAUAUUGUAAGGGAGAUUUAUUAUCAUAAGCAAUUGAAGCAUAAGAAUAUUGUUAGUCUUUACGAAGUCAUUAAAACUGAAAAUCAUUUAUGGAUUGCAAUGGAAUAUUGCGAAGGUGGUGAAUUGUACUAUUUGGUUUACGAAAAGAGGCGAUUGGAAUUGAACGAGUGUCGUCAUAUUUUCUUUCAGAUAAUGCUUGGUGUACAAUUUGUACAUUCCAUGAAUUUGAGUCAUCGUGACUUGAAGUUGGAGAAUAUUCUCUUGUCAGAUAAGAAAAAGAGUUGUGUUAAGUUGACCGAUUUUGGAUUCAUAAGAGAGUUUAACCCACAAUCUAGGAGGUUUUUAACAACAAUUUGUGGUACAACUGUGUAUAUGGCACCGGAAUUGUUAUCGGGACAGAAGUAUUCGGGGUUUGCAAUUGAUGUAUGGUCUUUAGGUAUAAUAUUGUACACUAUGCUUUAUGGGGUACUACCGUUUGAUGAUGAUGACGAAAUGAAGACUAAAUCAAAGAUUGUGAACGAGGAUCCGACUUUUGCCGACUUUGUACCAGAAGAAGUGAAUCAGUUAAUUUUGAAAAUGUUGAAUAAAGACCCAACAAAGAGAAUAGGCGUUGGUGAGAUUUUAAAUUCAUCAUUCUUGAUUGACUCGUAUAACAAGCAUUUAGAAAAGACUCAGAAAAAGGUGAUUGGAGAUGGUGAGUCAAUCCUUUCGAUCAACCAACACUAUAAUUCUAUGAAGAGACCUUUCGACACGAGGAUAGAACGUGAAUUGAUUGGUAAAUUACAGAAAUUAAAUGUUGACAUUGACGAACUCCAAGCAAGCAUAUACGGCAAUGAAACGAAUUCGUUGACCGCUUUCUAUGAAUUAUUGUUGACUCGAGAAUUUUCAAAGAAAAAGAAACGAUAUAUUAGAGAUAAAAAAAGAAAAUACUUUGAAGCAAGAAACUCGUUGAGGAAAUCUCGUAAAAAGGUCAAGAGUGCCCUUUCCAUGUCAGAUCAGUUAUCAGGAUCCCAACCAUUGGAACGGAUAAUCUCAACUUUAAGCAUAACUUCAAACAAAAAUACCAGCAAAACUAAUUUGGCUCGAUUGUCAACGUACUCAAGAAAAUCAACCGACAAUUCCGACUUGCGCAACAACCUGCCAAGGUCGCCACAAAAUGCACAUUUCAAUAUUGACCGCGAUAAUUCCAUUCGAAACUCUGUGGGCGAACUGGGACGCACUGGCGUGACGGAACAGUUGCAAGCCAUCUCUCCUACAUCAACAAAAAUUGAUGCUCCCUUGCAUAGAAUAGUGUCAUUUGUCCCACAAGAGAGAAGACCAUCUGAUACAGCAUCUACUGGAGAGUCAGUGAAGAAGCCAAAUAAGAGUGGGAAAAUCCUAAAUAAGUUGCAAUUUUGGAAAAAGGACAAAAACGAUGGGGAUAAAGAAGAUUCUACUUCAGUUGCGAGUAAGAUGUCAGAAAAGUAUGAAAAUGAUACCGGUAGUGGUAACCUGGAGUUGCAAUUGCAGCAAAGCCCACAAAGAUUCCAACACAGUCAAACGUCUUUUGAAGUGGGAGGUUUUGAACAAACGCCGGCAACUACUGGGUCCGAUAUCAGACCAAACGAAACUGGCUUGGAUCCAGCUCUUGAUGUACAAGCAUCAGGAUCUAAUCAUUUAACUCCAACUUCUGGUGAAGGUAGAGGCUUAACUAGGACGAGACCUUCAUCGAUGAUUUCCCAAAUUAGUCAAAUUAGCAGGUUGAGUCAGUUAUCAACAAUGUUGUCGGAAUCAGAGCUAGACAUAUUAGAUGAGACAGACACAUUGGACGAUGAUGAUGACGAAGAUGAUGCGUAUGAUUCAAGUAUCAGUAUGUCUCAAGAUGGAAGAUCCUCCACUGGAGUGGUUAUUGGAAGUAGUCGAAUUCCAACCAAAAAGAGACCUAGCUAUAGAAGAGGCAUGUCUUCGGAUCAAUCGAUCCAAUCAGUGUCGACGACUGGUGGUCAAUCCACUGUGAAAAAGAAACUGUCCAUGUCAAGAGUCACGAGUAACUCGUCCGAUGAUACGCCCAGUGAAUCCAAGUAUGGCGAUGAAGUGCCGCCAAUGAAUGGAGAAUCCAAUAAUGCGCAUUCUCAAUUCAUGGUUAAAAGCAAACCCUCGAGUCUUGUCACGCCAACUCCAGUUUUACACAGCAACUCAAUCCACCCCAAUUUCAACACCAAUGAAAUAAAAAGAAUGCAGGGGUACCGAUCCCAUUCACCACCAUUCAAUUUUAAAUCGAAAUCAACACCAAGAAAUGAGAAAACGAGUAGGAAGUUGUUUUCACCUAAUUUCAAGAAUAACAAUGUUCCUCAUAAUUAUCAAGAUACAAAACAAGUUAAUGACUGGUUGAGUAAUCCGUUGAAUAACAAUACAGGAUCUCAUGGGUAUGCUAAUAAAACCAUGUAUGGGCCAAUCAUUGAUGAGGAGGAUGAAGAUGAUGUGUAG